CCGCGCCCGGGGGCAUGUGCGCCGCGUGCUCCGUCUCGCGGAAGCCCGAGUCCCCGUCCGGCCGCCGAGCCCGCGGCGGGAGGAGCGAGCAAGUUCUGCCAGGGGGCGCGGCCCCGGCCGGGGUCAUGCAUCGGGGACGGUGUGCGGCUUCGGCCGCCGCCGCCGCCCCCCCGCCCGAGGACUCCGGCGGCGAAAGCGACGGGGUGGAAGUGCCCUUUUCGGCCGGGCGACGGGGCCCGGCCCCGGCCGUGGCGGUCCCGCGUAGCAGUCCGGAGGAGGAGGAGGAGCGAUUGGAGCGGGAGCAUUUCUGGAAGAUCAUCAAUGCCUUCCGCUACUACGGAACAAGUAUGCAUGAACGAGUCAACCGAACAGAGAGGCAUUUUAGAUCUCUCCCGGCUGUCCAACAGAACCUACUUCCUCAAUUUCUUCUUCACCUGGACAAGAUUCGGAAAUGUGUUGAUCAUAAUCAGGGGAUUCUUCAGACCAUUGUGAAUGACUGCAUACAUAUGUUUGAAAAUAAAGAGUAUGGAGAAGAUGGAAAUGGAAUGAUCAUGCCAGCGUCAACAUUUGACAUGGAUAAAUUGAAAUCUACUUUGAAGCAGUUUGUAAGAGAUUGGAGUGAUUCUGGGAAAGCUGAGAGAGAGGCCUGCUACCAGCCGAUCAUUAAAGAGAUUUUGAGAAACUUUCCGAAAGAAAGAUGGGAUACCUCCAAAGUAAAUAUUCUCGUUCCUGGUGCUGGAUUAGGAAGAUUGGCCUGGGAAAUAGCUAUGUUAGGUUAUGCUUGCCAAGGAAACGAAUGGAGUUUCUUUAUGCUCUUUUCGUCUAACUUUGUCCUCAACAGAUGUUCCGAAAUUAACACAUAUAAACUUUACCCUUGGAUUCAUCAGUUUAGCAAUAACAGACGGUCUGCUGAUCAGAUACGACCGGUCCACUUCCCUGAUGUUGACCCGCACAGUCUUCCUUCUGGGUCAAAUUUUUCCAUGACAGCAGGGGAUUUUCAGGAGAUAUACUCAGAAUGCAAUGCUUGGGACUGUAUCGCUACCUGCUUCUUCAUUGACACAGCCCAUAAUGUCAUUGACUACAUUGACACAAUAUGGAAAAUACUCAAGCCAGGAGGAAUUUGGAUAAAUCUAGGCCCUCUGCUGUACCACUUUGAAAAUUUGGCAAAUGAACUCUCUAUAGAAUUGAGCUACGAAGAUAUAAGAAGUGUGGUUCUGCAGUAUGGAUUCCAUAUAGAGAUGGAGAAAGAAUCUGUUUUGUCGACAUACACUGUGAAUGAUCUCUCCAUGAUGAAAUAUUACUAUGAAUGUGUGUUGUUCGUGGUUCGGAAACCAGAGAAGCAGCCUCAAGAGGACUCUUCAGGAAAAAAAGGCUUAAAGGAGCAAGUGCAGAAAUAACACAGAACCAACUGUUGGUAGUGACAGGACACAACCUCACAUCAGUGGUGCCUUCUUAUUCCUAACAGGAUUUAGAUAGAGUGUCUAUUUUCUUAAUAUUGGUCUUGCUACCCGAAACAAAUGUACUAUGCCGUGCAUAUAUGAGCUAUGUGAGUGAAAGUGGAGAAAAUAAUCUUCAAAUAUUCUUGUUCCUUGAAACUCCGAUUUAUGUCCUUCUGUCAUACGUAGAAAAAUUCUUCCUUCGAUAUCUCUGUUUUGAGAUCUCCCUUAUAUAAGGCUGCUUCACAUAUGACUCAAUGGUAUUUAGAUCCAUAAUAAUCCCCUUUUUUGUGCCAUGUCAAACGUGUUGCAAACGUUCAUGUCUAGUGCUCUUGAGAGCCACUGCACCGUGUCUGGCAUCCCAAAUUGGGAAUUAGCUUACUCUGGAUCAUGAGGUGCUGCAUUUAAUUUCUCUUUAACAUUACAAUUUCUAAUAUUUCCCCUGGUUUUGAAACUGAAUAUUAUUUACUGGGUACCUAGUGUUUGCAGAGCACUGGACUGGGUACUGGGAUGGUACAGUAGAAUUAGUAGAUAUGAUCCCUGGCCUCAAGAAACUUCUAGCACAAAGAGAUCUAGUACCGAUUCAGCUAUGGCUUAGAAAAAAACUUUAAAAGGAUUUUCCUUUUUUAAAAAAAAAAAACCAAAAACCCAAUAAUUCACAAUUCCCCCUCCCUCAAAUUUGAUAGAUUAACAAAUGGGUAACUGAUGAGAAAAUACAUUCAGACACCCUGAGCGCCUCUCGCAGUGCUGAAAAUAAAAUAUGAACCAGAACAAUUCAGAAAUUAAACUGCUAAAUGUUUUUGGCUGUGUUAAAUUUAACUAGCAAGAACAGAAAUUGUUAGGAAACUUUGGAAUGUCUGCUGAAUCUAAAAGCACCAACUCAUUUAACCUCUUACCCCAUUAGAAAGGUGGUAAUACCCUCAGUUCCUGCUACAGCACAUGUUUUCAAUCAGCUUUUGGCCUUGAAUGAAAUUAGGGAAUUAGAAAAUCUUCUUCCAACAAUGCAAAAGCCUGUCCAGGCUCGAUGUGCCAUAUUACUGAAGAAAUCGCUUUUGCGCGUGUGUGCAGCAUCAGAACAGGUGAGUACUACAGUGUGAGUUUUCGUUAUUGCGAGACUUUGCACCAACACAACCUUGCAUUACCGGAGAGCUGGAUGUAUUGCAGGAUGUUUAUGGACUCCCAACAAUUAUCCUACAACAAACACAAAGUCCACCCAUAGCAUGUGUUUUCAGUAUGCCUUUUGGCUAGAAUUUUGUCAGGAAAUUAGGAAAUGGUCCUCCGACAAUGCUAGCCUGUUUGGUUUUAGCGUACUGUGGAAAGAGAAGACAGCUUGUGUGCAUGUGUGUGGUGUUGGAAUGGGUGAGAAUUGCAGCAAGAGUUUUCCUUUAACCCGGUGGGGCGUGGUUGCAAGAAUUGCAACUCUUGUGUUUGAGAAGAACUGGGCCUCUCAGUAUUCUCAAGGAGCUAAGAUAAAAAGAGAAUGUUUUUACUCAUUUGGUGUUCAGGAUUCCCCUUUGUAAGUGUUUGGAGUAAUUUUUCCUUUGGCUAGAUUAUCUGGAUUAUCAAGAACCAUUUUCUGCAGUUGAAACACCAAUGACAAACUUGUGAAAGUUGUGCCAUGUUAGUUUAGGUGUGGUCUGAUGUGGGAAGUUGGGAAUCUGAAAAUUAGGGUUGAAUUUUUUGCUCCUCAUGCACAGCUUGAAUAUCCGUUAGCAGCUACUGAGAUAAUUACAAAAGUAACAGCUCUGUUUUGGGAAACUGUUGGCUGGAGUAUAAAAUAAUUUUGCCGCUUUACAUUUCUACCUCUGGUUGUUCUCUUUUGGAGGAAGAUUGCUUUGUAUUUUUAAAAAUCUUAUCCUCUUUUAGGUGGCCUGGACAAGUAAGUCUAUUGGAAUGUUAAUUCUAUAUCCUGUUGAUAAAAUAACAUGCUGAGAAUUUUGCUGGUGAAUGAGUCUCACCUUUUUUACUCCAAAUACCGUGGGACAUCUUUAAGCCUGCCUUUCUAAGGAAUGAAACCAGAAAAGCAGUGCAGGAUUUAAAAUUUAAUCACUGACACUCUUUUGUUUAUGGCCCUUUUUCCUAUUCCGCCCUGGCGGCGUCUUUUAAUAGUGCUCCUGGGAAUGUCAUGAAAUGUUCCCUUUUUUAUCGAAUCAGAAAUCAGGGUUUCAUGUCUUUUAAUUUCAUAAGGUGAAAAAUAAAAGGGGAACUAACUACUAAAAGGAGCCCGGGUGUGAGUGAAGUCCAUUAAGAGCCGAGGUACUCCAUUGUUCCUAUAGGUUGAAAACACUUUAAGUAAGCAACUGACUGGCAUUUUUAUUUUCAUGUGGUUUGGCCCCGAUCCUUUUGCUGUGAUCUCUUUUUUCCUAACAGCAUGGCUAUGUUAAUGCUAAACCUGAUGAAAUGCCACAUUCGGUAUAGCACUUGGAUCUGCCAUGUUACUGAUGAUCUUACAUUGUUUUCUGCAAUUAAAAUUUGUUCCAAAGUAAAAUCAGUGUAGCUUCUAUUUUGAAAUGAUCUCCAUUGUUUGGUUAAAUCCAGAGCCAAUUAUUUCACUCUACUUGUUUUCUUUCCCCUUAAGUCCUAUUCCAUUAUUCUAUUUCACUUCACGUGUGGGAGCUUUUUUGUUUGGGGGCUUUUUUUUGUACAGCUUGCAGUUGGUACAGUGUUAACUUGAAGUUGUGGCAUGUUUCAAUAAAAAGUUCCGCUGGAAGAUUUGA